AUGACGGUAGAGUUACCCGAAGAUAUCAUACUCGAAAUCCUCUACAGGUUGCCUGCUAGACCUUUAAAGCGAUUCAGCUGUGUUUCGAAACGCUGGGAAUCUCUAAUCUCUGAGCCAGAGUUCGGUAAAACCCACUAUGAAUUAGCUUCCAAGUGCCAAACCCUAACUCACAGAUUACUGGUACUCGAACAUUAUUACAGCCAUGAUUAUUACAGCCAUGAAGUCACAUCUCUCGACUUGGAGACGCCGUCGUCUGGAAAAAACAAAUCUCCGGUCAGAAGGGACAACGUUCCGUUCACGAAAAAGGACGGUCGUUUUUGUCCCAUGCAUAUAGUCGGCUCAUGUAAGGGUUUGGUAGCCUGUAUAAUUCCUUUGCGAUCCAUUCCUUUGGGUACGAAUAGUAUGUACUCGUAUAUUUGGAACCCACUGACAAGAUUUUUCAAGAAAUUACCUGACCCAGAAAUUAGCUGGGUAAAUGGUUUUCAGGGUUUUGGUUAUGUCUCGGCCACUGAGGACUACAAAAUUCUUGUGUCUAACUCUAGGUUAUUAAAAUGUGACACUGACAGGGACAUAGAGGCGCUCAUCUUCUCGUCGAAAGCUGGCGUUUGGAGAAAGAUUGAAUCCCCUCUCAUGUUCCACCCGGAGAAGCUCGACCAGGGAGUUCUCGUAAACGAGACACUUCAUUGGAUUUUUGAUUACUAUGAAGUCCACAAACGAUUAUGUAUUGUUACAUUUGAUUUGGCAAAGGAAGAAUUCCGAAAAAUGAUGCUGCCUAAUAAUAAUAUAUUCCAGGCAAACCAUAUAGAGGUUUGUUGUGGAGGAGGAGGACGAGGAGGAGGAUCAGGAAGCCUGUAUGUACAUGCGAUGCGUUAUCAGCAUCACAGUUCUGGCUUUAAGGUGUUUAAAGUGGCUGAAUCUGUUGAGUGUUGGGUUAUGAGAGAAUAUGGUGCCUCUGAUUCAUGGGCUAAGUUGUAUACAUUGAAGCUUGGAGAUAAUAUUAUUGUUGAACCGAUCUAUCUAGUUUUGGGAACUAGUACAGUUGUGAUGGUACAUGAGGACAUGGUUGAUCAUUGGUGGGUUAACAGGAAUCAGUUGAAUGUGUUCGAUCAGGAUUGA